AUGCAGCUCUCGUCCGUCGUCAGCCAAUGGCGGCAGGACGACCGCCUCGCGGAUCGAAUCAUGGAGAUAACGGCGAUCGCGGAGGAAAGCGACGGCGGCGGCGGCGACGGGAAAGGCGGCGUCGACGGCGGCAGGAAAUGCGGCGGGAAGUGCGGCGAGAAGUUAUGCAGCGGAGGAUGCGGCGGAAGCUGUGGAAGCGGCGUAAGCGAAGGGAGCGGGGAGCCAAUCGGGCUCCGCCAAUCGUGCUCGCUCCCUGAGCUGUGCCCGAUCCCCGCUGUUGACUGGCGCGUUAUCAAAUCGCACUGGUCACACGGCUCGGAUCACUCCCGCGGCUCGAGUGGGGAGCUGGAGCUGCCCUUUAGCGUGCCGCCGCGUAGCAAUAGCUCUUCUGAUCCCCAACUUACCUCCCAGCUUAGUUCCGAACGUAGUUCCCAACGUACCUCUCCUGAGGAACACUCCAGCGGUACUAGCGUCGUUGAUGUCAGCUCGCACGCAAGUCGGGCGAUUCGAUCCCAGUCGCAGGACUCCAAUUACUUCCUCGUGUCAAGACAAGAAGCGGAGCAGAACCGACAGAUACAGCAGCAUAUAAAGGCUGAGCAGCGGCGGCCGCUUGAACGCAUUAACGACUCGGAUACGCGCGCGAGUCCCUUCGACGAGGAGACGAGGAGAGAGCGGGAAGGUCCCCCUACAGCCAGUCGUCCGCCGUGCGCGCAUGCCUUCUACGCGGAUGCGGGGAGAGACACGAGUCUCCCGGCAGUCAGCCGCCCGCCGUGCGCUAGUGUUAAGACAGUCGACCGCGCGCCGUGCGCGAGUCUCUUCGACGGGCUAUGCGCCUUCCCCAGCGACAGCAGCUGCAGCAGCGACGUUUUCGCCGACGGUUUUGGCGGCGGGGGUAGCGGCGCGGUUAGCGACCCGGUGAGCGACAGAGUUAGCAGCGCGGCGAGCAACGGGCUUAGCGGCGCGGUUAACGACGGCGGGCCUAGGAAGGGUUCGAGUAACGCGGCGGUGUUUCACCAACCAGAUUUUCCCGCCGCUGGUUUCAGCGACGGGGUUACCAGUGGGGUUACCGGCGGAGUUAGCGACGUGGUCAGUGGUGCGGUGAUCGACGGCAGGCUCAACAACGGGUUGAGCAGCGCGGAGGUUUUCCGCCAACCAGUUUUUCCCACCGCUGCUGCCGCGAAGGGCGGGGAUUAUCAGGGAGGCGCCGCGGAAAGCGGAGACGAUUUAAAGAACGAGGAAGUCGGGGAGAACAGGGGGAGCGGGGAAAUCGAGGAAGGCGAGAACGACGAGUCGGUAUUCCGCCAGGCGAUUUUACCCGCACGGGGUAACAUUAGUAGCGGUCCGGGCUCUGCGGUGGCGACAGGAUGCGGGGACAGCGGGCGGAACGGCCGCGCAGGAUCAAGGGACCGGGGGAGGCUCGCGAGCGGAUCCGCGCGGGAGGUUCCGCAGGGGGUUCCGCGGGGGGUUUCCCUAGGGAGCUCGGAGGACAGAGCGCGCAAGGAAUCGGCGGGUUCGCGGAUAGACGUCGAUUCGCCCGCGCAGUCAGAUCCUGGUUUCCCGGUACAGAUGGACGGCAACGGAGAAAUCGCUGACGGUAAGAACGCCAACGGAGUCGGCCUUCCCGCAACACCGCCGUCGUCGCGCCUCAGUCUUCGUCUCCGUCCGCCUUUCGCCAUCGCGGUCGCCCGCCGACGGACGCUCAGCGAACGGUCGGAUCUGCCCGCGUUGAACCAACGGCCAGAUCUUGGGCCCCCGAAUCAUGCAUCGGCUGAGUCGCUGUGCUGCGAGCCGCUGCAGGAGGCCGCCUGUUUGCGCUGCGCGACGGAUUCACUCUACGGCGGAUUGAACGGCGGCUUGUGUGGCGGCGCGCGGCACGCUCCGCGUGAUGCGCAGGCCGCCGUGCAUUCGCCGCACAGCGUGGCGGACUUCCCGAUGUUCAGCAGCCCGCGCGUCGACGCGGCGACGCUGGUCGACGCGCGUGGCGAGGCGACGCGCGUUGAAACGACGCGCUUCGAUCCGGAGAGAUCGUCAAGGCCGCUCCGAAGCAGAGACUCGUGCUGUUCGUCACACCCUCCUAUCACUGCCUCGGAUCGCAGCCCUAAAGUUUCUUGUUUGCCUAUUGUAACUGCUCGCCUCUCCUCUGCUCGCCUCUCCUCUGCUCGCCUCUCCUCUGCUCGCCUCUCCUCUGCUCGCCUCUCCUCUGCUCGCCACUCCUCUGCUCGCCUCUCCUCUGCUCGCCUCUCCUCUGCUCGCCUUUCCUCUGCUCGCCUCUCCUCUGCUCGCCUCUCCUCUGCUCGCCUCUCCUCUGCUCGCCUCUCCUCUGCUCGCCUCUCCUCUGCUCGCCUCUCCUCUGCUCGCCUCUCCUCUGCUCGCCUUUCCUCUGCUCGCCUUUCCUCUGCUCGCCUUUCCUCUGCUCGCCUCUCCUCUGCUCGCCUCUCCUCUGCUCGCCUCUCCUCUGCUCGCCUCUCCUCUGCUCGCCUCUCCUCUGCUCGCCUCUCCUCUGCUCGCCUUUCCUCUGCUCGCCUUUCCUCUGCUCGCCUUUCCUCUGCUCGCCUCUCCUCUGCUCGCCUCUCCUCUGCUCGCCUCUCCUCUGCUCGCCUCUCCCUCUUCCCUUCCCCAACCCCAACCUUCACCAUUCGCCUCUACUGCAGGUUUUGUUUCCUAUGUGAACCCUCUCAGUCACAGAUGUCUUUCCCCCCCUUGCUGUGA